AUGAGUAGCUCCGUUCCCCACCUCCAUCCCCGCAACGCAGAGUCCGGACAUGCUACGGGAAGUGGGCUGGAAAGGCUGACACAAACAUCUUCAAGGCAGGAAGAAGCGGUCGAAGGAGCGACCAAACAAACGUAAAAACUCGCGCAAGAAAGCGCCACCCUCCCAGCCGAAUCCUUCGGAAGCCGGCCCUUCAACCGCCGCAUCCUCGUCCGUUCAGGAAAACUUUGCGCCGUCAGCCAUUGGCGCGCGACUAGAGCACAGAAGUCCAGACGACCAUCCUGGCAUCGCGCAGGAGGGGAACUAUGUGCUCUCGACUCCUCAGGAUUCGAGGCCGCGGAUAUUAGCCCCCCAAGCGCUGCCUGUCCUUCCCCGUACAGUAAGAACCCCACGGGCCACCGUGACAAUCUGGGUAAAAGGGUGCUAAUCAACGCUAUCUCCAGCUCGUCGACGGGAUAUGGUACAUCCACACCCCGAACUCGCUCCCGGAACCAUUCCACGUGUGUUUACCCUCUCGAUUUCUCCAAUGAUAAUGAAAAACGGUCGCGUGUUUCUCGUCUGGUCUAAUAAGUGGAGGUGUUGAUAUUAGCAAGGGUAUCUGACCUGGGCAAACGCUGAGCGGGGCGCUUCCCUCGGAUUGACCCCACGACAUCCUGGAGCAGCUCGGUGGAACAAUCGCACCCUCAGAUUCUGGCGACUGGCGACGGAUUUCAAUAGAUUCUCCGAUGAUGAGCCGGAGACUUGCACGAACAGUAAGUCGACGGCCGACAAUCUCUCCCCCCCCCCCGGCCUGAGGAUAUCCGCGCCUUGAGAGCCCUACUGACUGGUUCGGUUGGUUAAUUGCAGGCACUCGCGCAGCUAUCGAUGCCCGGAACGAGAGCUUCAGCGCUGGGGAUCAGCGAGCCUCUCCGGAGCCCACCUUCAGCCAUCCGAUCCCUCAACGACCCUACACCGCACCGCCGCAUUACCGCGACUACAUCCCCUAAAACUGGUAGGCGUGACGUCGUGGAAUGCCGCAGUCAACAUACGGCAGUGGAAAAGUCAGUGGUCAAUUUUUCAAUUUUUUAUUUUCAUUUUCCCAUUUUCCACUUCUUUGCUUUUUGUCGCGUUUCGCAUUUCGUUAUAUCGAUAUAGAGAAGUAAGAAGUAAGAAAAAAAAAAAGAAAAAGAAAAAAAAAGCUUCUACAGUAAUGGGUUUUUUCAUGACCGGGCGAGUUCACACGAUUACAUCCGCACGGAAUGUAACGACAACGCCGCCAAGGUCUAUCUAUCCACAGUAUGAUGUAUUUCUCUCAACUUGUAUGUUGUUGUUUUUUUUGGUUUUUGUAUGGUUUUCAUUUUCCUCAUACCCACCGAAGAGCAUGUACCGGUAUCGUAAAAAUAAAAAAAAAGUCCAUAGCACCCGAGGUGAAAAGGGAAGUUCAACCUAAUGUCAGCAUUUUCUAAACUCCCGUGUUUUUUUUUCUUUUUUUUUCUUCUUCCUUUUCUUUCUUUUCUUUACAUACCACGCCUUAUUCUCAGCCAAGUUAUGAUACCUCGUCUACAUACAAUAGAAUGCCGGAUCAAUCUCCUUUC